AUGGCAAGCUCUCAUGGCGUACUAGCUCUCAUUAGUAUUUACGUUGUUUUGUGUAGUUCUGGAUUGGGGGAUAGCGCGAAUGGGUUGCCGAGAGCUGAGGAAGUCAGCUUGCAGGGGAGAUAUCCCAUUCUCGAUGAGAAUAUGGUCACACAAACUGGCUCAUUGAGCAUGGCAAACUAUGAAGAAAUCGAGUACAAGAGAGAAAGCGUGGAAAAGGAGCAGAUGAAGGAAAAGGAGAUUAGAAUAGAGGAGGAGAAGCUGCGAAAAUUCGAUCAACCUUUGCCAAAUAGGAACGAGAACUGUGAGACAUGGCCAAAUGAGCAGAUGGUCACAGAAGUUAGCCCAUUUUCCGUUUCUGUGGAGGAAGCCAGCAUCGGGAAAACAUACAUGAGAAAAUUCAAGCACAGUGAUGAAGAGGAUGAUGAUGAAGACAACGAAAAGGAGAAGCAGAAAAAGAAGAAGAAAAAGGAGGAGAAGAAAAAAAGAAAGGGUAAAGAGGAUGAUGAGGAUAGUGAUGAGGAUAGUGAUGAAGACGAGGACAAUGAAAAGGAGAAGGAGGGCAAGGAGGAUGAGGAUGAAGAUAACAAUGAGGAAAAGGAGGAGGAGAAGAAGAAAGUGUCGGAGAAAAUGAAGGGGAAGGGGAAAAAGGAGAAAGAGAAUGAAAACGAAAAAAAGAAAGAAAAAGGCUUUCAAAAUCUUUUGUCAAAUCAAGAGAAUGAUCUUGACACAGUGAUAAAUGAGACAAUGUUCAAACAAACUAAACUAUUAAGCAUGCCUCUAAAGGAAGUUGACAUGCACACAAACUCCAAGAACAAGCGAGAAAAUGUGAAGUGGCAUAAGGAUGAGAACAAGAAUGAGGAGGAGGUUAAGGAAGGUGAGGAAAAUAUUGAGAAGAAGAAAGGAAAAGGAUAUGGUAUUAUGGUAUACAAAGUAUAA